AUGAUUUAUAUUCUUUUGCCACAGGACAAGAGAAAGGGGCUCUCCUCGCGCGGUCCCCUUCGGGCUCCCGCCAGCGGUCACCCGCCGCCGCCCCUUUCCCGGCCGGGCCGCUGCGGGCAGCGAGGCCGCCCCCCGUGGGGUCUGCCGUGGGGCCCCGCGCGCCCCCCGGCCCCGGCCCCGGCCCCGCGGCGCCCGGCGCUUCCCGCCGGGAGAGCCAGCAGGCGACGCCGGCGAGGCUGCCCGGGGAGAGCCGGCCGGCGAGGCCCGGCCCGCCACCCCCUCCUGCUCGCGCGCUCAAGGACAUUUUGCUUUUCCUCCCAAGGACAAAGGACAAUAAAAGGAGCCGGGGAACCACUCACCGGGUCCGAGUGCGGCUGUCGGCACCUCCUGGCCGGCUGCACCCGCGUUCCGCGCCAGGCCGACCGCACGAGCCUCCCGCCCGCGCCCGGUCGAGCCGCCCGGGCCCCGGGGAGCCUCCGCGGCCGCUGCCGCAGCGUCGCUUUCGGCGUCGUGGGCCCGGCCGCCCCGGGAGCCUCUGCCGCGGGCUCCGACACCCGCGCGCGGCCCGCCUCGCCUCAGCCACGACCGCUUCGCUCCCGCGGGCCUACGGGCCGCCCGGGCACAGCUUCCCGCCGGCCGGCGGGCCCCGCGGCCGCGGCGGAGCGCCUGACAGCUCGGGGUGCUGCUGCCUCUCCGGCCAUCUUGUGCCGUGUGUGUGUGGUGUCUCUCUCCCGUCUCCUCUCUCGGCUUUACUCCCUCCUCCUCCUCCUCCCCCCGCCCCACACACCACACAACAUGGCCUCUUCGCUGCGGCGGCGGCUGCGGCGGCAGCAGCAGCCUCCACCGCGCUCUUGCCCGCUCCCCUCCCCCACCCUCCCCGCCUCCCGCCCGCAGCCCCACGUCCCAGCGCGCAAGCGCGCCACCGCCCGCCCGCCUCGGCCAUUGGCUCCGAGAGCUUCCUGCCUCCCCUUCCCGGGAGCUGCCUCACGCACGCUCGCAGGCGUCUUCCUCCCUCCUAACAACAACCACUUCAAAUACUAUUGGCUGAUUCUGACCCCACCCCUUCGGCUGCCGCCGUGCGGACAGGCUGACUUAAGUGCCAUUCACUGCCCUUAGGUGUUUCUGGUUUUUUUGUGGGGCACCAGACCGGGAUUGGCUGGUGAUGGAACCUUUGGGUUUGGAGGUGGGCUGUUGCUUUGCGCCCCGCAGUGCGGACCCCUCCAGGCUGGCUGUUGAGGGGCGGGAGGGGUGGUUCCUGGCGCCAGAGAGGCCAGGUUAGAAUCAUUAGUACAGAGACCUAGAAAUAAGGGCCUCACUUAAUGGAAAAAGCUAGGAAUUCAGUGUUUCCGAGCUCCGAUUUUUGUCCUCUUUUUUUUUUUUUUUUUUUUUUUAGAAGAAAGAAAAUGACUGACAGGUUGACGAGCAAACAAGCCAUAUUUCCUCGACUGUAGAGCUCAAGAUUUUUCUUCUAACCAGCCGGUCCUCCCUAAGGGUCACAAAGUCAGGACCAGGGGUUUUGCCACAGAGCGCAUUGCCCAGCCCAGUAUCCAAAUUGAGUUGCCAAUUGUUUGAUGGGUGGUGAGCUUCCUGUUGCCCAUUUACGUAAGACAGCCUAUUCACAUGUCCAUUGUCCUUAGAAUUUAGUGAAUCGUUGUUUCAUAAUCCUGGUUGGGCCUGAUGAUACCACCCUUUUGGGAAAUGUUUGUUUAAAGGGAUCGUUUUAACCACAGCCUACCUGUCCAGCCCUCUCCCAGAGAAUCGGGCAAAACAAACUUCAUUCUCUUUAAGAAACUCGCGGUUUUUUUUUCACUAGGUCUUAAAUCUGGAAGCAAUCUAGACAAUCAAUAGGAAUAACUGAAAACCUAAACUUUCCCGAAAUGGAUGAGAGAAGAAAAAGUAGCUUUCUCCCACUGUCAGCAUUUUCGAAAUCUUGCUUCUUUUGGCAAGCGACCUCGGGAAGAGGAAAGGAACACCCGAGGCUUUUGGUUUUAACAGAUACCUUUGAGAGGCUGGUUCUUGGGGCAACUCCUGAAUUCUCUUGAGACCCUUCCCCUGGUCCUAAACUCUUAAGGAAAGGAGAAC